GCAUUAUCGAUUUUUGUUUCCACUUAUCAUCCAUCAUAAAAUUAAUUAGUUGUCUCAAAUAUGACCAUAAAAUCUUACAUAAAGUUAUACACUUUGAGUGAAAACUAUUAUUUUUGUAGGACAUCAUGGCAUUUGCAUCAACUUUUACCCAAAAACUCUUCAUUCAUAUUUAAAUAACUAAAUGGUAAAAUGAACCAUAAUGAUGAAAACUAAAUAGGAAUGCAAUCCAAGGAAAACAAUAACAUUUGAUAAAAAAUAGUUUGUGGAUGAAAAGUAAUAAAAAUAUUUUUAAGUUCAACAAUACAUUGUGUAACAAUGUCUCUCUCCCCUCUCCUAUCAUGAGAUUGUUAGCAAGUAAAUUAGUUCAGUUUCACAUUUUAUGAGAUUGUAACCAUGAAUUUUGACCUUAUUCACUUCUCUUUUUGUUGUGUCAAAAUUUAUUAUAACGAAGUCAGCAUGCUAUGCUUCCCUUGGGCCUUUCCUCGUCACAGUUUUAUGGUUCAUCGUAUUUGCACUAUGGUUGUUUUGUAUGUGUAUGUGUUGUUGUUGCGGUUCACGCCAUACUUACGGCUAUUCUCAAACUGCCUAUACCUUGUCUCUAACUUUCCUCGUCCUUUUCACUCUUGCGGUCAUGUAAGCUUCUUCCUCAACAAUAUUAUCUCAUUUUUCUUGUUAUGUUAUUUCAUAAAUCUAGAUUCCACUUUGUAACAUAUUCUGUUUUUUCAUAAUGUACUCAGAGUAGGAAGUGUACUCACAUGUGUUGCACAAGCAAGAUUUGAGACAAGUGUUGGUAAUCUUAUCAGCUAUAUUCUGCAUAGAGCAGAUACAGUCGCCAUUAGCCUUAUGGACUUGUUCAAUAAUAUAUUAGCAGCCAAGGAUGUUGGGAUUCAAAAUAUCAUUUUACCUGAAAAACAGAGGAAUGAUGUUGAACAAAUUCAGAAUAAAAUCAAUGGAGUGUAUCAUAGUUUUCGCGACAUUACUACCAAGAAUGGAAAUGGUAUCAUAAGUUGGCUAAAUCCACUAAAACUAAUCCUCACUACCAUAGCUGCAAUCAUGAUUGUUGUGGCAUUGCUCGGGCUUGUAUUUUCAGUGAUUGGAGUUGAGUGUCUUGUGUAUAGCUUAGCAAUGGUUGGAUGGAUCAUUGUAACUAUAACAUUUAUUAUGAGCGGCAUAUUUCUCCUUGUAAAUAACCUUGUUGGAGACACAUGCACUGCCAUGAAUGAGUGGACGCAAAAUCCAACUGCAGAUUCAAUUAUAGAGAAUAUAGUCCCUAAUGUAGAUAAUCAUAUUACUAGACAAAUUUUGUCUGCAACAAAGGAUGUGACUUAUGGAGUGAUAGAGGUGGCAAAUACUUAUAUUUCUAAUGUCUCCAACGCAAAUGGGACUUCUAACACAAGCGUAUUGUACUAUAACCAAUCAGGUCCAUUGGUGCCAUUCCUCUGCAAUCCUUAUAACAAGGAUGGUACUGACAGACAAUGUGCACCAAAUGAAGUUAACUUCAAGAAUGCCUCACAAGUUUGGGAAAAACAUGUGUGUCAUGUUUCUUUUACUGGGAGUUGUGACACCCCUGGCCGAUUAACACCAACGGGUUACAAGCAAAUCAUAACACUUGUUAAUGUUAGCUCCGGUCUUUAUGAUGGGAUACCAUUUGUGAUCGAGCUCAUGAAUGGCACUUUUCUCACAAAAACAUUGUUUGACUUGAGCAAAGACUUUUGCUCAGGUCUAGAAGAAUACUCAGAGUGGGUGUAUUUUGGGCUGAUAACAUCAUCAACAAUGUUAAUGUUGUUGUUGGUACAAUGGAUAAUUUAUUCUAAACAGAGAAAACGACGUGCAUAUACUAAGAAAAUAGAUGCUAUUUUGUACUGGAAGCAAGUUUCUUGUUAAUGUUUCAAUUAAGUUUAUCAUACAUCAGCUUUGAUUUGUGUCGAGUGUUAUUGCAUGCUAA